GCGCAAAUAAAAAGCUCAAAACUUCCUCAAACGCAGAUAGAAAGAACAAAAAUGUCAGGCUAUCCCCCUCAUCGACCACCCUAUGGCUACCCCUACGGCGAGCCACCGACGUCUCAGUCCUAUUCCUCCGCCCCUUAUGGUGCGCCACCGCCAGGUCCACAACAGUCGGGGCAAUCAUCCUCUGGUUACUCCGGAGUCUCCACUCCUUACUCUGCCUAUUCAGCUCCCCCCUACACCAGCCCUUCCGACCCCCACAAACCACCGAAAGAUCAUUCAUAUCCUCAGUCUUCUGCCCCUUAUGGUACGCCUGCACCACAAACUUACGGUGGUUACCCUCCGCCACCCUCUGCGCCGUACGGAAGUCCUUUUGCUGCUCUAGUCCCCUCCGCUUUCCCUCCCGGCACCGACCCCAACGUGAUAGGGGUUUUCCAGGCAGCUGACCAGGAUGGCAGCGGGUUUAUUGACGAUAAGGAGCUCCAGACAGCGCUUUCGUCGUACAAUCAGAGCUUUAGCUUGAGGACUGUUCAUCUUCUCAUGUACCAUUUCACCAACACCAACACCAGGAAGAUCGGCCCAAAGGAGUUCACACAAGUUUAUUAUAGUCUUCAGAACUGGAGGGCAAUUUUUGAGAGAUUUGACAGGGACAGGAGUGGCAAAAUUGAUUCGGCAGAACUGAGAGAGGCUCUUCUCAGCCUAGGAUUUUCGGUAUCACCUACGAUUUUGGAUUUGCUGGUUUCCAAGUUUGAUAAAAGUGGUGGGAGAUACAAGGCUAUUGAAUACGACAAUUUCAUUGAGUGCUGCCUCACUGUUAAGGGACUGACUGAAAAGUUUAAGGAGAAGGACACUGCAUACUCCGGUUCAGCAACUUUCACUUACGAAUCAUUCAUGUUAACCGUUUUGCCUUUCCUCAUUGCAUAGAGUUAUGGUCUUCUCCAUUUAAUCCUUGAAUGUCCUGUCUGUUUUUCUGUAUUUUAUUCCCUCUUGCGACGUCAAAGACCUCUUAGCUUUUCAUCCUUGGUGUCGAUUUUGGUUUCUGCCAGUAGCUCGUGCUAUUUUCUUCCUUGUAAUUUCGAUUUUAUUAAUAUGGUGUAAUUUAUGUUGAGAUUUAAUUACUAUCCUUCAGAUUGUGUUGUUCAUCUUUUCCUAUAAUAAUGAAAAUACUGAAGCCUAAUCGAUCAA